UUAUCUUCCAUUACAAAAUAGGUUCGGUUUGUAGAAUGCAUUUACCAUGACUUAUCAAGACGACCGUUCCAGAAAGUAGAACGGUGAAUAAACACAAUGCCAGGAAAAGAUUACAAAAAUCUGCUUCCCUUGGGAAGCGGAAGUGAAGAUGAAGAUGAGGACAUGCCAGUCAUGUCACAACCGGAAGUACAAAUCCAUGACAAAAGUUCAUUACUUCCAUCGAAGACAAAUGGAACAGGAUAUAACUUUUCUAGGUCUCAUAGAGACUCAGGCAAGAACAAAUGUUGCACAGCAACAAACGCUGCCUUGAUUUUUGCUGUGAUACUCUUGGUGUUUGGUGCUGGGUAUGCUGCCGGAUUCUUCACACCCAUGACCUUUAAAAGACCCAAUGACGAGUCACAUAAAAGAGUGGCUAGACAUACGUCACCGUGGAGAACAAAAAUAGCGGACCAUGGCUCUGAGUCAUGUAUCCGAUUGGUUGAUGUGGAUGGAGAUGGUUUAUUGGACAUUAUAACUGGAUUAGCUAUAGGCAAAGAUAUCAGUACCAUGAUAACCGAACCAAGUAUGGAGGAAUUCUGUGAAAGUAUAGGUCUUAAGGUCCCCUGUGCUGGUGGAGUUAUUGCCUUAAGGGGAUAUGAUGGAAAAUUGUUGUGGAAGGUAGACGUGUAUUCUGAAGUCUUCGCAAUAAAUUGCCAUGGUAUUGACGUCAACAAAGAUGGCACCUAUGAUUGCCUAGCAUCUGGACGUCUCGGUACCCUCGUAGCAAUCGAUCCAAAGAAUGGUAAGAUACUGUGGACAACGGAUAAAUCGAAGAUACAUGAUGGUUGGAAUAUCUACAGUCCAGCCACGGUCCAAGAUUUGGACUACGAUGGAGUCGGGGAAGUCGUCAUCGCUCACGGUGGCGAUCCCGUUCUUCCAGCAGAGAAUCACAACAGAAAUCCUGGUUGGUUGAUGCUUAUGUCUGGAGCCACUGGUGAACCAAUAGGAAGGCCUCUAAAAAUGCCUGAAUCCAAGGAAAUCUACAUCUCUCCAGUAAUACAUGAGCGCAGGGACGGAUCCCAGUACAUUUUAUUUGGAAGUGGUGGAGAAACGGUUGGAGGUCUCUUUAUGGCCAUAUCCCUACCCGAUUUUUACAGACAUGUCCAUGGAUAUGACAAGGAUCAUCUAGUUCCCAACGUCCGCGGCAAAUAUGAAAAGUUUGGAUUCAAGAACCCUAUGGAAAGUGGAGCUAUAGAACUCUACAGGAGUGACACAAAAGGAGUAAUGGUUCCUCCUGUAUUGACCGACGUCAACAAAGAUGGCGUCAAAGAUAUUGUAAUGUCGGCUUUUGACGGAACCAUGAUCUUAUACUGUGGUGAGACGCUGGCAAUCAAAUGGAAGGUUAAAUUUGAAAAUCGGGAAUCCUACAGCAACCCAGCACCAGGUUACUUUAAUGACGACGACGUUCUGGAUUUCAUGGUUCACUGGAGCGGUGGAGCUUGGCCUUACUACAAUUUUACCGAAACAAUUGUCAUCGAUGGUAAGGAUGGUGCCAUUCUGUGGAACACAACAUCUGGCCGGUAUGACGUCACUUCCGAUCUGACGGUCAAGACAACUGCAAGGAACCGUGAUAUGUUUUUAUUCCGUGUACAGGGAAGAAAAGGAAAGGAUCCAAGACCUCAAGGCGCAAUACAUGGGGCUACCGGAAUACAAAGAGUGAUAAACAACAAACGAUCCUUGGACGGCAAGAUGGUUUUUGUGGAUCAACAUGUGAAAGAUGCUGACUUUGAAGACGAUGGAAUCUUUCUUUCUGAGGAUCACGUACGCCAUCGGAGGGCAGACGACUACAUAGAAUGUGAGAGCGACCAAACAGUGUUCCUAGCAGAGUUAUUCGCUCUUGACAGAACGGUAUUGAAGAAACCGGUAAAGCUAUGGGAAAGAGGUUCCAAAAAGUUAUACUACAAACUGACCAGUAAAGACAGGAAAAUGGUGAAAAACGUGCAGAAACAGUAUGGAGUAACAAAUAACCUUACCGAACUUGAGAUACCAUGGACACGUGGUAAAAGAUCAACUGAUGGGAAAUUGUGUGUGAUGAUACAACCAGACGAAAGAACAACUGGUGCCUUUGGUGAUGUUGAUGGUGAUGGUAAACUUGACGUCAUCGUUAACCUGAUUUCAGUUGGCGUCAUCCGUGACGAACAUGCUAAUUUCGUCAAAAUGAAGUUUGACACAGAUAUUUUUAAAAUCAAUCUUGAUGAUGCCAUACAAAAUCAGUUAUAUGUACCAAUCAACGCUACGCUCCAUCCCAGAAUGCAACACACUGACAACGAGAAUGAAAUACACACACUAAAGUUCCUCCCCGCGGAGAAGCAGCGCUGGAGUGGUUACAUGGGUCAAUAUGGCGAUAGUAUCGCCUAAGUUCUAAAGUACUGAAAUCAUACACGUUCGGCAAUCUCAGAUCUAGAUCAAUCAAU